CGAGCGAGCGCGGGGCUCCGGCGGGCCCGGGCACGGCGGGCAGCGCUCGGACGGCAGCCGGGAUGGCGGCGCCGACGAUGGAGGAGAGGAAGGCGUGCUGGGGGGCCCGGGACGAGUUCUGGCAGUGCCUGGACAGCCACGGCGAUGACGCCGCCGAGUGCGAGAAGCUGCGGCGGGCCUUCGAGUCGCGCUGCCCGCAGCAGUGGGUUAAACACUUUGACAAAAGAAGAGACUUUUUAAAAUAUAAAAAGAAGCUUGAAACAGAAGGGUUUCAUCCUCCACAAGCUGCUGGGAAGUCUUAGGAACUCUGCUCUCAAAUCAUGUGAGAGUAACUAUAGAAGGAAGAAGGCAGAGAAAGCAACAGAAGCUGCUUGAGUGCAAGAACUGGUAAUGUAGCAGUCUCCCUGAAAUGCAGACUGCUCUUCCUGUUGCCAGAUCUCAUGUGUCUGCUAAAAAAAAAGGGUCAUGGACAGAUUUUUGAUGAAUUUAAGUCAAAGAAAUAUGGUGCAGGGCUGUCCACAAAUUUAAGGGUUUGAAUGUAAAAUUACUAAAAUUGUUUCACAGGAAUAAAUGAUUAUUUAAUACUGCAGUGUACGUACUCUAAAGAGAAAAUUAAAUUGUUUUUCAGGAAGUGAACCAGCAUUUUCCUAAAAUAAAAAAGUCCAUUCCAACUUGC